AUGCCCUGCCUCGAGUACCUUCUCUUAUCAGGUAACCUCCUUCCUUCAUACCCUGCCUCGAGGACCUUCUCUUAUCAGGUAACCUCCUUCCUUCAUGCCCUGCCUCGAGUACCUUCUCUUAUCAGAUUGACGCCUCCAUAUUUGGCAACGGUAGUCGUAAUUUCAACUUUUGCUAAUAAGCUGUGUGAUGGGCCGCUUUGUAGUUACAUCAUUGAUCAGGAAAAACAAUCGUGCGUCAGCUACUGGUGGACUAAUGUACUCUACAUCAACAAUCUUUAUCCAGGAAUGUUCAAGUUGGAACAGUUGAGGCUCCUUCAGGAUCAAAGCCCCUUCGGUUCAAUCAUUAUCAGAAAUAAUGUCACUUGA